AUGAGGAUGUUUUGUUUCCGCUUGAACGCCUCAGUGAAGGUUUCUGGUUCUCCUCUCCCAGGAGGUGGUAAUGCUUUCGAGUUUGGUUGGGGCAAGUUUAGAUUUUACAGUGUUACCACAGCUUCCUCGAUGAGGGUGUUUUGUUUCCGCUUGAACGCCUCGGUGAAGGUUUCUGGUUCUCCCCUCCCGGGAGGUGGUAAUGCUUUUGAGUUUGGUUGCAUAAAUCAUUGGGAGACGGUUUCAAACUUGGGUUAUUCAGAUUGUUAG